CAGACACAAGAAAUUAGUCAUGGGCCAUUCUUCGCAAGAUCACUCGAGAGAUCCCUGUCCCUGGGUCAUCCUAAAUGAUUUGGGAGGUGCCUUUGUUAUGGGUGCUGUUGGUGGUGGUAUCUGGCAUUCUGUCAAAGGAGCCAAGAACUCCCCAAGGGGCGAGCGUUUGGUUGGUGCUGUCACAGCCAUGAAGGCACGCGCACCUGUACUGGGUGGUAACUUCGCUGUUUGGGGUGGUCUUUUCUCUACAUUCGACUGUGGUCUCAAGGGUAUCAGACAAAAGGAGGACCCAUGGAACUCGAUUCUUUCGGGUGCUUUCACAGGUGGUGUCUUGGCUGCCCGUGGCGGUGCAAAGGCUGCUACUGUGUCUGCUGUUGUUGGCGGUAGUUUGUUGGCUGUGAUUGAGGGUGUUGGUAUUGCUAUCACUCGCUUCACUGCCGAGAGCAACAGACCUGUGAUGCCUCAGCUUUAAAUUUUAAACAAAACAAAACAAUACAAAACAAAACAAAAAAAAAAUCAACGGUUUCACACGUACCAACACGCACUCACACGUAUACACACUCACACAAAACACACACAUAUAUACAAAAGUUAGAAAAAUGAGACCGUCACUCUUUAAUAUGCCACCCUUUUCUGUUCACCCUCUCUUCUCCUGUCCGUUUUGUCAUCCUUAUAGAAGAACAAAUAAAAAAAUAUAUAU